CUCACCCCAACUACCAACUAUUGUUCUUUACUUUCACCGGCCAGCAAUAGUGAAGGGUCCCUUUCUUAUUGAGAUUCUUCUUCAUCAUCUAAAUAAAAACUUGUGCUUCUUUUGAGAAAAACCCCACCUAAUUGCUUUGCAGCUGAUAACUGAUCCAGAUCGGCUAUGGAAUUACAAGAAUUUUUCAUAGUCCUAGCAAUCACUAUAGGGUUGGUAUCUGUUUGUAUAUCUUUGAUCAAUUUUGCGAGAUGGAUAUGGGUCAUGUUUCUGAGACCUUCAAAGAAACUCAAGGAGUACGGAUCAUGGGCUAUUAUCACUGGCUCUGCUCAAGGAAUUGGGAAAGCCCUUGCCUUUGAAAUGGCUUCAAAGGGUCUCAACAUUUUCUUGGUUGAUAAAAACCAUUCAACCCUUGAAGCUACCUCCAAUGAAUUAAGUGAAAAACAUGGUUGGAGAGUUGAGAUCAAGAGCAUUGUGAUGGACUUGGCCAAAUUGAGUGGUGAGGAGAUAGCUAAAACCAUAGAGGAAGGAACGAAAGGGCUCGAUGUUGGCAUUUUGGUUAAUAAUGCAGGGAUGUGUUACCCUUAUCCAAGGUUUUUUCAUGAGGUUGAUUCAGAACUCAUGGAGAACAUUAUGAAGGUGAACAUGGAAGCAGCAACUUGGAUGACUAAGGCUGUGCUUCCGGGAAUGCUGAAGAAAAAGAAAGGAGCAAUUGUCAACAUUGGCUCUGCUUCCACUGAGAUAGCUCCUUCUUUUCCUCUGUACACUCUUUAUGCCACAACAAAAGCGUACCUAAAACUGUUCUCAAGAUGCAUUAGUUUGGAAUACAAGCAGCAUGGAAUUGACAUUCAGUGUCAGGUUCCUGUGUUCGUCGCGACAAGGCUUGCGAAGAUAAAGGAAUCUUCCUUGUUCAUCCCAUCACCAGAAACGUUUAGCAAAUCAAGCAUUCGGUGGAUUGGUUAUGACAAUGUUUGUACGCCCUACUGGAGCCACUCUAUGAUGGGGUUUGUAGCCCGUGCAUUGCCCCAUGCUCUCCUGACCGCGACCAUUUUUCGGUAUUUCCUUGGUAACAGAAAGAGAGGCCAAUUGAAUGAGUUGCAGAAGAAAAAUAUACUGCAACGACAGAGCAAUCAACUAUAGGUUAAUAGGUGUAUCUGAUGCAGCAUUGAAAUUGUCAGAUUUGCAGGCUUUUCAUUUUGCACGAUUCCCUGCCUCGAUCGAACCCUUUUUAUCUGUAUUUUUUUUUUCUUUGUCCUUGUUUCUGCAAUUGAGUUUAAGCUUAAAUAAGUUCAGGCAAAAUUGCCAAUUUGUUACCUAGGUUUCAUCUUAAUGUCAAUUCACUCGAAAAUUCUUCUAUGUGCCGGCAGUGCAAGUGACUAAGCACUUAUUAGGUGAUUAUAACUAUUGUUA